AUGGCACUAGAGGAAAAGUCAGCUCAAACCAGAGAUGUUCCUGACCAGAUCCCUUUGACUGUGGUUAAACGUGGUGAUAAUGUGACUCUGACAUGUCCAGUCAUUGAUGAUAAAGCCGGGUUGUUUUACUGGUAUAAACUGAAGUUUGGAUAUAUGGUCCAAACAGUUGCAGCAGGAACUUUUAAGAAGUUAAAACUUGAAGGACAAUUUGACAAAUCAAGAUUUACAGUCACAAGAGGGAACGCUCAGUAUUUUCUUCACAUCAAAAAUGUAACCAAAGAAGACGAAGCAACAUACUUCUGUCAAGAAGGAUCGGCAUACAAAAUGGAAAAUAUUAAUGGGUCACUGUUGGCUGUAAAUGAUCACAAAAAUCUGAAGAAAUCUGUCUACAUAAGACAAAGUCCGGACACUCAGGCAGUCCAUCUUGGCGACUCAGUGACUCUAAACUGUUCACUUCAAUUCAAGAACAAUACAAGCAGAGUCCAGUGUCCAGAGGAACACUUUGUAUACUGGUUCAGAGCUGGAUCAGAAGAAUCUUAUCCAAGUGUUAUUUACUCUCAGAGUCGAGCUGACAAAGAUGUGAUCAGGAGUUGUGACUACAGUCUGUCCAAAACUAUCCAGAACUCCUCUGAUGCUGGGACGUACUACUGUGCUGUGGUCGCAUGUGGAGAAAUCCUGUUUGGUGAAGGAACUAAAGUGGAGACUAGACAAGAACUGUGCCCUUUCAUCAUUGUGCUUGGGACACUGCUGGCCGGCUGUGUGAUUGUGAUUGUUGCUCUAAUUAUCUCAAGAAAUUACAAGCCUGUUUGUGAACAUUGCAAAGGAGGAGUAACGGCUUCCAAGCAUGCUGAGCAUGACAGAUCAGAUGAGAAUCAACCAAGUUAUGUGGACGGUGAAGAGAAGGCACUGAACUAUGUAGCGCUGAAUUUCCCCUCAAGACAAACUCAAAGACGGACAAAUAAGAGAGAGUUACAACAGGAGUGUAUAUACUCUGGCAUGAGAGACAAUCAGUGAGGAAUGAACAUCUACUACUACUAAUGUUCAUGCAGCUUUGAUUCCUGUUCAGGUGAAGUUUUACAGUAAUGUAAUUGUUAAUUUUAGAGGGCUUAGUGAAGGGCAGGAAUAGCACUUAUGUUUUGUGAUGUUGCCUGGUUGUUUGCUGAAUUGCUGCUCCCCUAUGAGCCUCAGAUCCUCAGGCAGGGCCUUGUUAGCUGUUCCAAAGUCCUGGCUGAAGACUAGGCCCGUGUCCACCAAAGCUGUUGGUUGUUGAAAAAUGUUCAACUUUGGGAAAAACACUGCGCUCGUUACUGUCACUUUUUACCCAGCUGUCCAAUCACAGUAGAGGAAGGGCGGGGCAAAUACCACACCGUAGCAACGGUUACUAUCCUGGAACCGGCUUCGUCGAACCUCAGCUCUUGGACUAAAUGGUGAUACUCACCGAGAUGUUUCCUCGCCCACAAAAUCACAUGAACCCAGUUGAACUACUUGCACUAGCUGGCGUUUUCAGCUGGCAAAAAAUGCUUUGGUGGACAUGGGCCCUAAAGGUGACCGGGCUUUUGCAAUUAGAACCCCUUAGAACUCUGGAACACUCUGUCUAAGAACCUGAGGCUCACAGGACCAACAGCAUCUUUUAACAUCUUAAAACAUACUUUAUAAAACA